AUGAUCAAAACCUACCACCCCGCCGAAGUCUGCGAAGACUGGCAAGCCAUCACCGACAUGAUUGUUACCCGGUACAACAAAGAAUUGUCAUAUUACGCCUCUGGAAAAAUUGGGUCCAUGCUGCGCUUGCAAACUGAGAUAGAGAGACUGAUGUCUCCGUUCAUUGACUAUGAAAAGCGUGAUACUAACACCGAGAUUGGGCGAUGCGCAACGCAGUUUGUGCCAGCAGUGGCUUUGGAGGAUGAAGGUCUUGCCGGAAAGGCUGUUUACGGGGUUGCAGAGAAGAUUUGUGCAACCCUGUAUCAGGCUCAGAGUCAAAAGAGCCUCAAAGCGGCUGUUCGGGUUAUCCAAGAACUCGUUGAGUAUUUGGAUUGGACCGUGUGGAAGGAGUGUAAAGGCUGUGACGCACAUGAGAUUUGUGUCAUUCCCAUUUGGCCGAUGGGGACAGUGGAGGACUAUGAGCACCCUAAGUGUAAAGAUGCCGAUGAUGCUUAUGGGGAAGGUGGAGAGAGUUACUGGGGCGGUUUCCGCCAUUGA